AUUUAUUGUAUCUUGAAAAGAAAACACAUUAGGGAAAGAGCAGUAGCAUGGAAAUGGAAGGAUUCCCUCCACCACCACCUCCUGAAGUUUUAGGAAAUGACAUACCAGUCACUGCUGCUAAUGAAGAAGAGGAAGAAGAAGGAGAACAGUUUGACUUUGAUAGCGGAGAUGAGAUACCAGAAGCAGACAGACAAAAUAUUUUGCCAAUUCAAGAAGAGGCAAAUUGUAUAGGGAAUGAAAAUCUAGAAAACCUAGAAGAAACUGAGAAAAUGCAGAGCUCCAAAGCCAAUGCAGAGGGCAUCCUACCACGGGUAAACCCAUACUCUGUCAUAACCAUUUCGCCAAUGCAGGAAAAGGAGCUGUUGCUGUCACCAGAGCCAAGUACACAAGAUGGAACUAUAAGUCCCACCCUCUCAAGUGGAUAUUCUGUUCCGGUACCUUGUGGCUAUGCUGUGCCAUCCAAUUUGCCAUUGAUAUUGCCGGCGUAUUCCAGUCCUGUUAUAAUCCGCAACCCUUCUGUGGAUGAGGAAGCAAGUGUUCAUAUAGUAGCCGAGGAUGGUCAUUCAAAUUCUCAGAGUUCAGAAGAGCCUCCAAACAGUGAAGAUAAUCAGGGGAGCAUAGAUGAGAAUGCCUUGGCCAAAUGGGUGGCUGAUCCUGCAAAUACAGAGUGGAUGGAGAAUCCUGAUGAAGUAAUAUAUGAUGAUGUACCAAGAGAAAAUUCAGACUCUGAACCAGAGGAGAUGAUUUAUGAUGAUGUUGAGAAUGGAGAUGAAGGUGGAAAUAGCUCUCUAGAAUAUGGGUGGAGUUCAAGUGAAUUUGAAAGCUAUGAAGAACAAAGCGACUCAGAGUAUAAAAAUGGAAUACCCAGUUCUUUUCUGCGUGGCAACCACAGAAGACAACUUUCUCAUGACCUAACCCGUUUAAAGGAGCACUAUGAGAAAAAGAUGAAAGAUCUGAUGUCCAACACAGUGGGAGGAGUGGAGAUUCAGCAACUAAAGCAAAAACAUGAGCUGAAGAUGCAGAAGCUCAUGAGAGCAGCAAGGGAAGGCACCAAAGACGGACUUGAAAAAACUAAAGCGGCUGUGAAGAAAGGUCGGUCAUUCAUCAGAACUAAGUCCUUUAUUAAUCAAGAACACAGAGCUACCUGUCUGGAGGAAGAGGAGCUGUUUAUUGAUGUAGAUUGCAUUAACACAGAAGCAAUCAUGACUCCGAUGCCAGAUGGAUUAUCCCAACAACAGGUAGUGCGAAGAUACAUUUUAGGCGCUGUGGUUGAUAGUGAGAAAAACUAUGUGGAUGCUCUGAAAAGAAUAUUAGAGCAAUAUGAAAAACCUCUUUCGGAGAUGGAGCCCAAAUUACUGAGUGAGAGGAAACUGAAGAUGGUCUUCUACCGAAUUAAAGAAAUUCUUCAGUGUCAUUCAAUGUUUCAGAUGGCCUUGGCAAGCCGUGUCUCGGAGUGGGAUUCUGUCGAAAUGAUCGGGGAUGUCUUUGUUGCCUCGUUCUCUAAAUCCAUGGUACUAGAUGCCUACAGUGAGUAUGUAAUCAAUUUUAGCACAGCUGUGGGGAUUCUCAAAAAAACAUGUGCUACAAAACCUGCCUUCCUUGAGUUUUUAAAGCAAUGUCAAGAAUCUAGUCCUGAUAGAAUCACUCUUUAUGGCUUAAUGAUGAAGCCCAUACAACGUUUUCCUCAGUUCAUCCUUCUAUUACAGGAUAUGUUGAAGAACACGACUAAAGGCCACCCAGACAGACUGCCUCUACAGAUGGCUCUCACAGAACUUGAAACACUGGCAGAGAAAUUAAAUGAAAGGAAAAGAGAUGCAGAUCAGCGCUGUGAAAUAAAACAAAUAGCCAAAGCCAUGAAUGAGCGUUAUCUGAACAAGUUACUCAGCAGUGGCAACCGGUACCUCAUCCGAAGUGAUGAUAUGUUAGAAACUGUUUAUACAGACAAAGGGGAGAUCAUGAAAACCAAAGAACGACGUCUGUUUAUGUUAAACGAUGUACUCAUGUGUGCUACUGUGCAUAUUCGCUCUUCCCAUGAAAGCAGUGGUGUCGUGAGUGGCCAGAGGUACUUAUUAAAAUGGAGUGUGCCACUUGGGCAUGUCGACGUCAUAGAAUAUGGAAGUAAUGAUGGUCAAGGAGAGAACUGCAGGUUCCCUUUGCAGUCAUCUUCUGAGAUCAUGGUUACCAAUGCCAAGCCAAGUAAGUAG